CACGGAGACUGGCGGCCGUACCACCUACGAGGGGGUACGGGGAACUCGGCCGCAAGCGCCAGGCAAAGAGAGUUGUGAAGCAAUGUUUCUGGGAACAGAGAUGUCAUGUUCCAAGAUGAAUGUCUCUCUCUCCAGAGCCUCAGCUCAAAGGCAUCGUCACCAAACUGUUCUGCCGCCAGCGUUUCUACCUCCAGGCGAAUCCCGAUGGGAGCAUCCAGGGCACCCCAGAGGACACCAGCUCUUUCACCCACUUCAACCUGAUCCCUGUGGGGCUCUGUGUAGUCACCAUCCAGAGUGCCAAGCUGGGUCACUACGUGGCCAUGAACGCUGAGGGGCUGCUCUACAGCUCGCCACAUUUCACAGCUGAGUGUCGCUUUAAGGAGUGCGUCUUUGAGAAUUACUAUGUCCUGUACACCUCUGCUCUCUAUCACCAGCGUCGUUCUAGCCGGGCCUGGUACUUGGGCCUGGACAAGGAGGGCCAAGUCAUGAAGGGAAAUCGAGUCAAGAAGACCAAGGCAGCCGCCCACUUUGUGCCCAAGCUCCUGGAGGAUUAACUUCCUAGAAGUGGAAUUACAACAAAAGAGAGUAUAAACACAUCUGACUACUGGAGCGAUAAGAAAGAUGUUUCCAAAAAAAACGACCAUUUCUUUGUUAGUGGC